AGAAAUGGGGAGAGCACCAUGCUGUGCUAAAGAGGGGCUUCGUAAAGGUCCAUGGUCUACAAAAGAAGACUUAUUGCUUACAAAUUAUAUUAAGGAAAAUGGUGAAGGCCAAUGGAGAAACUUACCCAAUAAAGCUGGGCUACUUAGAUGUGGAAAGAGUUGUAGGUUAAGGUGGAUGAACUAUCUAAGGCCAGGAAUCAAGAGAGGAAAUUUCAGCCAAGAUGAAGAAGAUCUUAUAAUAAGGCUCCAUUCCCUUUUGGGUAGUCGUUGGUCACUCAUAGCUGGUCGAUUACCAGGUCGAACCGACAAUGAAAUCAAGAAUUAUUGGAACACACAUGUUAUCAAGAAGCUCAAAAUUGCUGGAAUUCAGCCCAAAGUCCACAAAGUUUCUCCAAAGAAAAAGCCCAAAACAGAGAAUCCAAGUAAAAAACAGGACAAAAAGAAGAAAAAUAACAAGAAAAAAGACCAAUCUUUAGACACUCCUCAUCAAUUUGUGUUUGUCCCAAAGCCUAUUAGAAUUUCCUCUGGACUUUUGAGGAAUUCUAGUGUUGAAAAUGUUGCAUUAUUGAGUAUUUCAUCUCUAUGUUGCUCCGACUCACCCAAAAUAUUGCCACACACAUGUCAGAUCCUUAAAAACUGCAUUAUUUCUGAAGAAUCCGAUUCACACCUAUCCGCAUUUCUGAAGAACUCGAACAACAUAGUUUUACCUAGUUCUGAAGAAGGUGAUAAUAACCACAAGAAGAUUAAUGUUAUUACCAAUGAUGAUGAGAAUAUUGAGGGUAAAAUAAAAGAGGUUUCAUUUAUUCCUUGUGCUUCAAAUUUGUUAUUUGAUGAAGUUCUACUAGAUGGAUAUUGUGAUCUUUCAAAUGAAAGCAUGCUGGAGAAGGUUUAUGAAGAAUAUCUUCAACUUAUUUCUGAAAAAUGUUAUCAUCAAGAUGAUCCAAUAGCACUCUAGUGCAAGUAUUUAGUGUUCAAAAUCUUUUGCUUCUAUUUUUGUGUUCAUUGUAAAAAUAUAUUCUGUAUGUUCCGCUUUACGUGACAUUAUUCAUGUUUGAUCAAAA